ACACUCACAAAAUCGUCGCGUGACAAGCCUAGAUUUGUUGAGCUAGAAGCUCAGAAAACCUCUCUCGCUUAAAAUGGAAGACGACGAAAUAGCCGCUCUGGUUGUUGACAAUGGCUCUGGUAUGUGCAAGGCCGGUUUCGCCGGAGACGAUGCUCCCCGCGCCGUUUUCCCCUCCAUCGUCGGCCGUCCUCGCCACCAAGGCGUUAUGGUCGGUAUGGGUCAGAAAGACUCCUAUGUCGGAGACGAGGCCCAGAGCAAGAGAGGUAUUCUUACUCUGAAAUACCCCAUCGAACACGGAAUUGUCACAAACUGGGACGAUAUGGAGAAGAUCUGGCAUCAUACAUUCUACAACGAGCUUCGUGUUGCCCCCGAAGAGCACCCCGUUCUCCUGACAGAGGCUCCCCUCAACCCAAAAGCCAACAGAGAAAAGAUGACACAGAUCAUGUUCGAGACCUUCAACAGCCCCGCCAUGUACGUCGCUAUCCAGGCCGUACUCUCCCUGUACGCUUCUGGUCGUACCACCGGUAUUGUGAUGGACUCUGGUGAUGGUGUCACCCACACCGUGCCCAUCUACGAAGGUUAUGCUUUGCCCCACGCCAUCAUCCGUCUUGAUUUGGCUGGCCGUGACCUGACAGACUACUUGAUGAAGAUCCUGACCGAGCGUGGCUACUCUUUCACCACCACCGCUGAGCGUGAGAUUGUCCGUGACAUCAAGGAGAAGCUCUGCUAUGUUGCUCUUGACUUUGAGCAGGAAAUGCAAACAGCAGCAUCCAGCUCUAGCCUUGAGAAGAGCUACGAGUUGCCUGAUGGACAGGUCAUCACCAUUGGCAACGAGCGAUUCAGGUGCCCCGAAGCCAUGUUUCAGCCCUCCUUCCUGGGUAUGGAAUCCGCUGGUAUCCAUGAGACCACCUACAACUCCAUCAUGAAGUGCGACGUUGAUAUCCGUAAAGAUUUGUAUGCUAACACUGUCCUGUCUGGAGGCUCAACCAUGUACCCAGGCAUCGCCGACCGCAUGCAAAAAGAAAUUACUUCCCUCGCUCCCCCGACCAUGAAGAUCAAGAUCAUCGCUCCACCAGAGAGGAAAUACUCAGUCUGGAUCGGAGGCUCCAUCCUCGCUUCUCUGUCCACCUUCCAACAGAUGUGGAUCUCUAAGCAGGAAUACGACGAAUCUGGUCCUUCCAUUGUACACAGGAAGUGCUUCUAGAUCAACACAAACAAUUCAUGAGUCUCCACAAUUCACAACUACUGCUACAAUCCAGCAACUUUCGUUAACAGUUAAUUUGAUUAACAUUCAGGUUAGAUUUGCUGAUAAUAACGCGAAAAGAGAAGUCAGGAAGGAUGCAAUAAAACUUACAAUAGACUUCAUGAUCGUUUUUUCUUAUGGGUUGUGUUAAAUGACUUAUUAAGUACUUCCGGUCUCACGUUAAAUUGAUUAUUUGUGUUUAUAAUAAAACACCAGUGAAUCACAA